AUGUUGGAUUGGGGCUGGGCCCUGACGCAAUGCCUACCAGCCCACCACUAGAUUCGCGUGCACGCUAGUCCCCGCUUCCGCCAAGACGAUCGCUCUUGCCAAAGUUCACCGCGGAGGCGCCCUGUAGCUCACACACGACGAAUCGCAUCCACGACAGACAUAUUGCCCGCCAUGGACGAGAAAGAAGAGACCAACGAGCCCCUCGACCUUGUGCGCCUUUGCAUUGACGAGGUCGUCAUUGUUAAAUUGCGCGGCGACCGCGAACUCAAGGGCAGACUACACGCAUACGACUCGCAUUGCAACCUCGUUCUUGGAGACGUCGAAGAGACCAUAUACAUUGCGGAGGAGGAAGACGAGGACCAGGAGCCUCGCGUACGGACAGUCAAGAAGCAGAGCGAGAUGCUCUUCGUCAGAGGUGACUCAGUAGUAUUGAUCGCACCGGCGGCAGAGGCAUCGCAAUGAUCAGCGUUUAACGGUUUCUCGCACGAAUCGGAAUUCGACAUAGCAAGGGCGCAAUUGGCUUGCUGAGGUGAAAAGGACAACGACGGGACGAAAAAGGCGCAGUCACGUUUGAGAUACCCGAAUGCUUGAGCGGUGGGGCGCAUUCGCUGGGGCGGACUUGGGAUGGAGGAAAGCAAGAUGUGUACGUGGAUGUAUCGGGCGUUCAGCGCAGGCUUGGACGUGUCAUCUGAACCUCUCUCAACGAUCAUGAGAUGAUGCCCACCAAACGAAUAUCAUCAAGUACAAUGGAACCCCAUACGAAUUCUCAAGCAUAUGUCGGAAUCACAUGCACAACCGAGUCCGCUCACUGUACGGUAUUCGCACUGAUCACUCAAGGUCAACAUUGUUGAAGAUGCAAGUAUUAAGCGCUUUUCUUGACUCUACUGAAAAGUCCAAACUAAGAACUUC